AUGAGCACGACUAUUUUCGUUUUGAAUCUACCAAUCGAGGUUUUCCUCGAUAUUGCCGACGAACUGAAAUACCCCGAGACCAGCGUCCUGAGCCGCACAUGCAGCAACAUGUAUGGGCGGCUGAAUAUCUUCCUGUAUGGACAUAAUGUCCACAAUCACAAUGGUUGGGAGAUGUGGAGGGCCAUUAAGCUAGGAAGUAAGACCGCAUUACUGAAAUUCAUCGAGCAAGGUGCCAACCCGUGUGCGAUGAAGCGUAUGGACAGAUCGCUUUACUAUAACCCUUAUGUCCCAUAUGAGGAGUGCGCAGACGGGGAGGACGAACCAGGCACAAAGAAGAUCAUUGAUGUGGCACAAGAGUAUGAAUACCUGCACACCCAUGGACUGAUCUGGAUCCCUGCUCAAGACCACCAUAUUGGCCGUCGACGGGUUCUUUCUCCCUUAUACCUUGCGGUCAAGCACCAGCAUGCCGAGAUAGUGCGGAUUCUGCUGGAUAGUGGUGUUGAUCGAAAAGUGAAAAGCCGAAUUUACCAAUGA